GGGGACGUCAAAAGGGAGCACCGGAGUGCUCGUUACGUCACUUUCGGGCGACCGGGCGGUCCCACUUCGUCGUUAUGAGCGGGGACGAUGAGGUGAAUCUCCUAGUCAUUGUUGUUGAUGCUAACCCUAUCUGGUGGGGCAAGCAAGCUUUGUUGGGCUCUGAGCUUACGUUAUCAAAAUGCCUCGAUGCGACCAUGGUGUUGGGAAACUCACACUUAUUUAUGAAUCGCAACAACAAACUUGCUGUGAUAGCCAGUCAUAUACAAGAAAGCCGUUUCUUGUAUCCUGGAAAACAUUGGGCAGCCUUCGAUCUCUUUGGAGAAUCUGGGGAAUCAAAUAUUGCUGGUAGCAAAGAUGGAAAAUACGAAGUAUUAACCACCAUAAAUGAAACCAUUGCAGAGGAGAUAAAGGACCUGCUGACCAAUACUGAAGUAAAGGGGCAGCAGAUGGAAACUUUGCUGGCUGGAUCUCUUGCUAAAGCACUGUGCUAUAUUCACAGGGUGACAAAAGAAAGUAAAACCAGCCAGGAAAUAAAAUCCAGGAUUAUGGUCAUAAAAGCGGCUGAAGAUAGCGCAUUACAAUAUAUGAAUUUCAUGAAUGUGAUCUUUGCAGCCCAGAAACGGAAUAUUUUAAUUGAUGCCUGUGUAUUGGACUCCGAUUCGGGACUUUUACAGCAGGCAUGUGAUAUAACUGGCGGAAUCUAUUUGAAAAUUCCAUACAAGCCCUCGCUUCUUCAGUAUUUGCUGUGGGUUUAUCUGCCUGAUCAAGAUCAGAGAUCCCAGCUGAUCCUCCCUCCACCCGUUCACGUGGAUUACCGUGCUGCCUGCUUCUGCCACAGGAAUCUCAUUGAAAUUGGCUAUGUCUGCUCAGUGUGUUUGUCAAUAUUCUGCAACUUCAGUCCAAUUUGCACCACUUGUGAAACCGCUUUCAAGAUUUCACUGCCAGCUGUCAUGAAAUCUAAGAAAAAGAAACUGAAAGUCAUGAUGUAGCUGCAUGAUCGAUUUCUCUUGCCCUCUGCAUGGAAUCCUGUCUCCCAGACUGUAACUUUAAAGCUUCAAAAGUGGAGCUCCAGAAAAACCAACAUGUAUUUUUGAAAUGAUCAACAAAGGGCAAAACAUUUCAAACCAAGGCAUACAUUAUCCAGAACACUGUUCUAAAGUGUUUACAAAAUCAAGUUUCUGCCACUGGUUUAAACCAACCCCUGAAAUUGGAGAAGAAGGAAAUAAACCAAGUUGGUAUGUAAAACUCAUUUCAGGUAUUGUAGGUAGAAAAAUCAAACUGGUUUAAGUCUUGAUAUCUUAAUUCCAGACAAAGCCCCUUUUACUUAAGUUAAAAUUGUGAUGGAUUGACAUUUCAGGGCUCCUGGGCUGGUCCCUGCAGAAGCCUUCUUGGGGAAGAAAAAAAUUUUGAUUGAAAAAAAAAAAAAAGAAUUCAGAUCACAGGUAUUAUAAGCUACAUUUUUCAUUUUGGUUAAUAGCAGGCCUAAAAGAAUUCUGACUCCCAAUUUUAACAGCAGUAUCUGCAUCUGAGUGUAUCAGAUUUUCGUUUUGGCUGGAAUUAUGUUAACCCAGGUCCACAAAACUUAUUCCAAUGGAAUUCUCAAUAUUCCUUAAUAAUUUUGGUAGUAAAAAUUCCUCCAGGUUUCUCUUUUAUGGGCAGUGAAGAUCUCACACCUUCUGUCUAGACAAAUUUGCUCAAAACAGGUUGCUUGAUUUUGAGAAGAGGCAAAAAUUAAUAGUGCAUCUUGGUUGAUACACAAGUAAUUUAGCACGUGUUUCCCUCUGUCUCCAGUUAACAUUAAUGUCCAAUAUAGCCAAAAAACAUUCAUUCCAUCCUUUAAAUAUUGCAACUCCUUUUUUAUGCAUGAAAAUGAAGAUUUGCUGUCUUAUUUGAGGGGUGUUCCUUACUUCUUAGAAUCGAUUGAAUUUGUUUAAUUUAUUAAGAUGCCUCUUCAUUCUUACUGUUGAUUCGUUGGAUGCUAUUUUUGUUUUAACAGUCUUUUUUUUACUUCUCUUCAAUAAAAGUACCUAAGAAGAAAGGAAUAUAUUUUCCAUUCCUUAUGAAAUAUACCUCAGCCAUUGAUUAUAUAUUAAGUUUAUGACAUUCAUAAACGCCACAAAAAAGAGGUUGAACAGCUUAACUUGGUUUUGUGAGUAGUUAAUUCAUUAUUUUGAGGCAUUAUAAAAAGAGCAAGGCCAGUGGUUAAUGCAUUAUUGAAGAAGUAGCUUCAGAAAUUAUCCAAAUUAUUCCAACUUUUUAGCUUUGGGGAAGACCUUUGGCCCAUCACUGACAAUAUUUCUCAGGACAAAUGUCUUUGGCACACAAAGAUCAAUCUGCCUUCUUCACAUCUCCAAUUUUUUCAGUCUGCCCAAGUAUUUAGCUAUCAUAGAUCAGUCAUAAGAAGGAUUUAAGCUCAGAGAAAGACACCACAUGGGAAAACCCCCCAGCCCUGAUUAAGAAUAGCUGCUAUGCUGAUAGAUUUAAAACAAAAUCAUUUUAAUUUGUUAAUGAAUUGGAAAGGAAAACCGUCUAGCUGUUUCUUACUUACAAAAUCCUCUUUUCUUGCUUGCAACCGAUUCUGUGGUGGACGUUGAGCUAAUACUUCUUGACCAACUUGGAUUAUUCUGUUGAGAUUUGAUUUGCCAUCUUUUGACCUGAUCUGGCCUGUGCGUUGCUAACAGAAUGAUAUGUAUUGCUAACUUGGGUAUCUGCUGGUUUUGCAAGAUGAAUUGCUGUUCGAGGCUGAGCACAUAGCAUUUAGUUUUUUAUUUCAAAUGUUAAUUCCUUUCUGUACAACCUUGUGUGGCCCAGAAGAGGCUUCCAGCUUCUUGGUUCUUGACUGCAAAUUUUUGCAUUGCAGAGAUUUGUAUCUGUGGGUUGGUAGAACAUCUGGCCAAGGAGAGCUGGGGGCCUGUUGGUUAAGAAGACCACAGUUUACACCAAGGGUCUUCAAACUUGGCAAGUUUAAGACUUGUGGACUUCAACCCUCAGAAUUCCUGAGCUAACAUGAUUGGGAGAGGAAUUCUGGGAGUUGAAGUCCACAAGUCUUAAAGCUGUCAAGUUUGAAGACCCCCUGGUUUACACAAUAUAUCCAACCUGAUUUCUGAGUUCUCUGUUUUCUAGAUUGCACAUUACGUUGAAUGGGCUGUGUUGAAAUGUGCUACGUUAUCUCCCGCUCC